AUGUGGCCGUCCUGGGUCAAGAAGACGCGCAGCUCUGACUCCGCUGCCGCCUCCACCUCCACGGCCCUCGUCCCCGCCGCCGGCGCGUCCCCGCGCCUCUCCAUCCCCAAUCCGUCUCUCAAGGACCUCCGGUCCCUGCUCGCGCCGGACUCCGCCGCCGCCGGUGCCGCCUUGCCCUCCGCCUCCCCGUCGCCGCGCGUCUUCCACCGCAUCCGCGUCGCCGCCUCCGCGCUCCGGGUCCUCCGCACGCUCCAGCACUCCCCGUCCCCGGCCGCCGCGCCCGGCGGCAACGGCAAGGAGCUAGUACCGGGCGCCUGGGGCGGGCGGGUGGUGCUGUACUUCACCUCCCUCCGCGUGGUCCGCGGCACCUACGAGGACUGCCGCGCGGUGCGCGCCAUCCUGCGCGGGCUCCGCGCCGCCGUCGACGAGCGCGACCUCUCCAUGGACCCCGGCUACCUGCCGGAGCUCGCCGCGCUCCUCCCCCCGCACGCGCAGCAGCAGCAGCAGCGCCGCCGCGUGGCGCUGCCCCAGGUCUUCGUCGGCGGCCGCCACCUCGGCGGCGCCGAGGAGGUCCGGCGCCUCCACGAGUCCGGCGAGCUCCGCCGCAUCGUGGCCCCCGCCCCCGCCCCCGCGUUCCCCGGCAACUGCGCCCGCUGCGGCGGCGAGCGCUUCGUGCUCUGCGGCGCCUGCGACGGCAGCCACAAGCGGUACAGCCUCAAGGGCGGCGGCGGGUUCCGCGCCUGCGCCGAGUGCAACGAGAACGGGCUCGUCCGCUGCCCCGCCUGCUGCUGCGUCUUCCCCGCCGCCUGA